AAGCAAAUCUUGGAGGAGGUCUCGUUAAGGGGAAUCCCAGUUGAGAGAGUUGUUCGCACUUUACUCGCAUAGGGAGACAGAUUAGAGAGUAGAGAGAAUGGCAGAAACCAAUACUGUCCAUUCACCGAUCGUCACUUAUGCUUCGAUGCUUUCACUUCUGGCUUUCUGCCCUCCCUUUGUUAUUUUGCUAUGGUACACAAUGGUUCAUGCUGAUGGCUCAGUUUCCCAAACAUGGGAUUUCUUGAAGCAACAUGGGUUGCAGGGAUUUAUAAACAUAUGGCCAAGACCCACUGCUUUAGCAUGGAAAAUAAUUGCUUGUUAUGCAGCGUUUGAGGCUGCACUUCAGCUUCUUUUGCCUGGAAAAAGGGUUGAGGGUCCAAUUUCUCCUCAAGGGAACCGGCCGAUUUACAAGGCAAAUGGUGUGGCAGCAUAUAUAGUAACAUUGGUCACCUAUCUAGGCCUUUGGUGGUUUGGGAUAUUCAACCCCUCAAUCGUUUAUGAUCAUUUGGGAGAAAUAUUUUCAGCUCUGAUUUUCGGAAGCUUCUUCUUCUGUGUUUUCUUGUACAUAAAGGGUCAUGUGGCACCAUCAUCAACUGAUUCUGGUUCAUGUGGAAACAUAAUAAUGGAUUUCUAUUGGGGUAUGGAGCUGUAUCCUCGAAUUGGGAAGAACUUUGACAUCAAAGUUUUCACAAACUGUAGAUUUGGUAUGAUGGCUUGGGCAGUUCUGGCAUUGACCUACUGCAUUAAGCAGUAUGACCAGAAUGGCAAAGUAGCUGAUUCCAUGCUUGUAAAUACAAUAUUGAUGUUGGUGUAUGUUACAAAGUUUUUUUGGUGGGAAGCUGGGUACUGGAACACAAUGGAUAUCGCGCAUGAUCGAGCUGGAUUUUAUAUUUGUUGGGGAUGUCUGGUAUGGGUUCCAUCUCUAUAUACUUCUCCUGGCAUGUACCUCGUCAACCAUCCUGUGAACCUUGGAACUCAGCUUGCAAUUUACAUAUUAGUGGCAGGCAUUCUCUGCAUAUAUAUCAACUAUGAUUGUGACAGACAAAGGCAAGUAUUUCGCAGAACAAAUGGCAAAUGUACGGUUUGGGGAAAGGCUCCAUCAAAGAUUGUAGCCUCAUACACCACAUCAUCUGGGGAAACAAAGAGCAGCCUUCUUUUAACCUCUGGAUGGUGGGGCUUAUCUCGUCAUUUCCAUUAUGUUCCCGAAAUAUUAGCUGCUUUUUUCUGGACCGUCCCAGCUCUUUUUAAUCAUUUUCUGCCCUACUUCUAUGUAAUAUUUCUUACCAUCCUCCUUUUUGAUCGAGCUAAGAGGGAUGAUGAUCGAUGUCGAUCUAAGUAUGGGAAGUACUGGAAAUUGUAUUGUGAGAAGGUUCCCUAUCGAAUCAUUCCUGGAAUCUACUGAGGGGCAAAUUGCAUUGAAUCUACUUGGUCAUUGUAAGACGUACCUGUUGGGUGUAAUAAUAUUAAUGCUAGGACUCUUUUUAAGCAAUGUAAGUGCCUUUUUGAAGUUAACAUAACUACAUUAGGCGUGUUAAGAUUUUGGUUGUAUAACGUGCCACCUUUACUGUUGAGUUUAAUCUCAUGUUUGUUGUGAGAGUAA